CAGAGGAGGAAAUAAUGACUCAGAAGUGGAGCAACUUUCCUAAGGUCAUACAAGCAAACAGAACACAUCCCUCACGUCUUAUGAAAAGAAAUCUCACUAUGGGUGCAGCUUUUUGUUAGAACACAUAAUUUCCUCUUUAGGGCUCCAUUCUAAAUAUUUUAAUUAUAUGAUCAUAUUAUGAGAGUCUCAAAUGUUGGUUUACAAACAUUAAUCACAAACACUCAAGUCACACAGUUCCCUUGCAUUUCAAAGUCUAAGUUCUGUUAAAGCAGUACAUUUCUCCGUCAUUUUGCGGCUUAUUGCUACUUCCGGAACCAGCUAUUGAUAAACUUCCUCUUUUACAGAAAGUAUUUCAGUUUGCUAGAGGAUCAUUUUUAAUCUGACUUGAAUCAUCCCUUUUACUUUGUUAGCCAAAUCAUCAAAAUGUCCAGUUAGAACAAGAAUUUAGCAUUCUGCAAAAGAAGUUAGCAGCUGAGGAGGAGGAACAUUCUGAAAUGGAUCCCAGCUAUUUCAUCUUAAUGUUGUUUUGUGGACACCUGGAAAACACCUUUUCCUCAAAGACAGAGGAAGGUACAACAAAGUUGCAGCCACAGCCUACCUCAUUUAGAUCAUCAAUGUCAUAUACCUUAGCUGAUUCUCAAAACCCAACAGGGACACCUUUGGGUCAACCAACACAAUUCAACAACAUUUCUUCUGGGCAGCUAACAUCAUCUGGGAAAGUUGCACCUGGACAAUCAAUGCCAGCUGUCCAUGCCACUUCUGGGAAACCAUCCACACAUACUUCUGCUGGACGACCACUUGCCUCUAUCACCACCAAACCACCAAUACCAAUGAUCAACACCUCUUCCCAACAAACUGCAUUACCUGUGCUCACUUCUGCCAGACAAACACCACCAUCUACCCCUACUUCUACCAGAAAACCACCAAUAUCUGUCUAUACUUCCACACAACAACUAUCAUUAUCUGUCCACACUCCUAGAAAAAGAGAACCAACAUCAACUGUCAAAAAUUCUCUUAACAAAACACCAGGAUUCAUCUUUGAAACUACCACUAGCAAAACAAUCCCACAUUCUAAUUCAGUAGCUGCCAUAUUAAUUGGUGUAAUUCUGAUCUCUAUGUUGGCAGCUAUAAUCAUGAUUGCACUAUGGAAAUGCCUGAGAAAACCAGUUUUAAGUGAUCAAAAUUGGGCAGGUAGGUCUCCAUUUGCUGAUGGAGAAACCCCAGACAUAUGUAUGGAUAACAUUAGAGAAAAUGAAGUAUCCACAAAACGUACAUCAAUUGUUUCACUUAUGACCUGGAAACCAAGCAAAAGCACACUGUUAGCAGAUGACUUAGAAAUUCAGUUGUUUGAAUCAAGUGAAAACAUUGAGGAUUCCAACAAUUCCAAAACACAGGAAGUUAAAGAUCAAGGACAUGGUACAUCAGAGGAUAGUGCAGACAGAUCAACAAUUGGCACGGCUGUUUCUUCUGCAGAAGAUGCAGAUCUGCCUCCACCACCUCCCCUUCUUGAUUUGGAAGGACAAGAGAGUAACCAAUCUGAAAAACCCACAAUGAUAAUCGAAUUUUCUCUUCCAAAUGAUUCUACCAGUCUCCCUCCAUCUCUGGAUUGUCUCGAUCAAGGCUGUGAAGAUCAUAAAACUGAGAUCAAACAGUCAUUUCCACCUCCUCUUGACUCACUUAACUUGCCCCCGCCACCAGCAGAUCUUAUGAAAAAUCAAGAAGAAUUCAACACUGAGAUCCAGAGUGAGGAGUUCUCUAUUCCUCCUGCCUCUGAUCAAGAUCUUAAUGAAUCCCUGCCUCCGCCACCUGCAGAACUGUUGUAAAUUUAUUACAAAGGGCUUUUAAGCUGAUCUUUCUUUCUUUAAUGACUCCAUCUUUUGUUUUUCUUCAUAUAAUGAGAUAAAUAAAAUGGCAACAGGUAGCCAAAUUUAAUUUUUACUCAAGAACUGUCUGAAAUCUGCUCAAAGCCCAUGUGCAUAAGUGGAACUUUUUUAAAAAACAGUUAUUAAAUAGUGAUCUAUUUACUAGUUAUAGUACCUGUCUUUAAAAUAAGAGUACAUUUUACUUAUGUGGAUGGUAUGUAUGUCAAUAAUAUAACCAUUCUGA